GGCCCGUUAAUAACCAGUUUUUGAUAAGGGUCGGGCUCGGGGUAGGAAAUCCAGUUCUCGAUCCUAAGUCCCAAGUCCCAAGUCCCAACUCUCGUCUCUUCCCUUUCCGACUUUCGUCUCGCCCUGGGAGUGGGCACCGGUCUGGUGGGAGCGGUGACAGGACCAAUCGACGACGCCCCACUCACGUUGAAUUUAAUGUUGUCCGACGCCCCGGCCGAGGGAGCACCGCAGACUUUUGACAACCGCGUCCGGUGCAGUUGAUUUUACGACAUUUUUAUUUUUAAUAUUAUUAUUUUUUUACCUGGACUAUUUUUAGACGAAAAUGUCAAUCAUUGGCAAGCCCAUUUUAUACUCUUAUUGGCGCAGUUCCUGCUCAUGGAGGGUCAGAAUAGCUUUGAAUUUAAAGGAAAUCCCUUACGACAUAAAACCGGUCAGUUUAAUCAAAGGCGGUGGUGAACAGCACAGCAAUGAAUUUAGAGAAAUUAAUCCGAUGGAGCACGUACCGGCGUUACAGAUCGACGGGCAUACGCUUAUAGAAUCAUUGAAUAUAAUGUACUAUUUGGAAGAGACGAGACCUCAGCGUCCACUGAUGCCACAGGAUCUGUACAAAAGAGCAAAGGUCCGAGAAAUAUGUGAUGUCAUAGCUUCAGGCAUACAGCCAUUGCAAAAUCUAAUUGUAUUAAUUUACGUGGGAGAAGAGAAAAAAAAAGAAUGGGCACAGCAUUGGAUAACCAGGGGGCUCAGAGCUGUUGAAAAAUUACUUUCAUCUUGUGCUGGAAAGUAUUGUGUUGGCGAUGAGAUUACGUUAAGCGACUGUUGUCUUAUUCCGCAGGUUUUUAACGCACGCAGGUUUCAAGUAGAUUUAAGACCCUUUCCAAUUAUUUUACGAAUUGACCGGGAACUUGAAAACCACCCUGCAUUCAGAGCAGCGCAUCCUUCCAAUCAACCAGACUGUCCUCCUGAAGCAACAAAAUAAGAUUAUUUGAUACUUUCGUGGUGGGUUACGUUUGGACAGUGGUGAACGAUAAGCAGCGUUGAUUUUGGAAUUUGCUAUUUUCCAUGGUUAUUAUUGUAGGAAUUUAUUUUUAUAUUUUUAGCUUGCUGUUUAUGGGUACUUGGUUAUGUGCAGUAGAAAAAGUUACUGUGUCUUUUUUUAUUAUUUUAAUUCAUAUUUUAUAUUUUGUUGAGACAAUUAUCAUUGAAAGUCCAUAAGACAGUCAUCAAUUUUUAAUGUGCAAUAUUUCUUCACUGUAAUAAAAAAUAUUAUUAUGUUUUUUUCAAGUA